AAGCUUCUUUGUUGCCUUCUCAGGAAACCAUAAAUUUCAGAGUCUUCAGACAAUCAAUCUUUCGUGAAAAACUCUCUCAGAUCCAUGGUAGAUUGUCCCUCCUCUUUUGAUUAUCUCAUUUGAUCUCGAGGAUCACAAAUGCUCCUCCCCAUGUCCUCUUUUCACUUGACAUCUUAACCCUAGCGCUUGCCGUUGCUGUCCCAAUAGAUCCAUGUUUUGCAGAUAGAAAGCCUUACCAAGUCUCUUCUGCGGCAAACUCUCGUCUUCAGAUUUGAAAGAGAAAAAACCCUAGAGAACUCUGAACCCAAUUCUGCGAUGAAGAGCUCGAGCCGUUUUUUCACGAUUGGGCUUGUGACAGCAUGGUACUCGUCCAAUAUCGGAGUUUUGUUGCUCAACAAGUAUCUUCUCAGCAACUAUGGGUUCAAGUACCCGAUCUUCCUCACCAUGUGUCACAUGACAGCAUGUUCCCUGCUCAGUUACGUUGCCAUCGCUUGGAUGAAGGUCGUUCCAAUGCAGACCAUCCGAUCUCGUGUUCAGUUCAUGAAGAUCGCUGGACUUAGCCUCGUUUUUUGUGCUUCCGUUGUUAGUGGUAAUGUCUCGCUUCGAUUCCUUCCGGUGUCAUUCAACCAGGCAAUUGGUGCCACUACCCCUUUCUUUACCGCCGUGUUCGCCUAUAUCAUGACGGUGAAGAGGGAAGCUUGGCUGACUUAUGUCACCCUCAUUCCUGUUGUUACGGGGGUCAUCAUUGCUAGCGGGGGUGAACCAAGUUUCCAUCUAUUUGGGUUUAUAAUGUGUGUUGGUGCUACUGCUGCAAGGGCACUCAAGUCAGUACUUCAAGGGAUUUUGCUGUCUUCUGAAGGAGAAAAAUUGAAUUCGAUGAAUCUCCUAUUGUACAUGGCUCCAAUUGCUGUUGUGUUCCUUCUUCCUGCCACGCUAAUAAUGGAGGAAAAUGUUGUUGGAAUCACGCUAGCACUUGCAAGAGAUGAUAGCAGGAUCCUUUGGUAUCUCCUCUUCAAUUCUGCACUUGCAUAUUUUGUGAAUUUGACCAACUUCUUGGUCACCAAGCACACCAGUGCCUUGACUCUUCAGGUCCUUGGAAAUGCAAAAGGAGCUGUGGCUGUGGUGAUCUCUAUUUUGAUUUUCAGAAAUCCUGUAUCAGUGACGGGAAUGCUUGGUUACACGCUAACAGUUAUGGGAGUUAUCCUUUACAGUGAAGCGAAGAAACGAAGCAAAUGAACCGUCUGUGCGGAAACAGCAAACAAAUACUUUUUCGUGUAUUUUAUCUUUUUUUUAUGAGAGGACAGCAAAAUGCUUCUCGGAGCUGAGGUUGGUGCUAUUCAGCUGAUUCCACAUAUUGCGCCCUCCAAAUUCUUUUGCCGGAGACCAGUGAUAGGGUUUCCACCUGUAUCAAGCAUCAACAGCAACGGCCAGCGUAGGAAAGGCUAGGAAAUCUCAAUAAGAGGACUCAUUGGUCUGUCUUGUCUUCUCAUCAGAGGGUAAUAGAGGAAUGUCCACUAUUCUUUACAGGGACAGAAUUGGGUCUCUUCUGCCCAAUUUAUCUGUUUUUUAGUCAAUCAUGUCAUCUUUUGAUUAAUUACUGAAAGAUAUUCCUGAUAAUUUUUACCAUUA